UUGGAACUUAAUAACCUAGUUGGAACUUAAUAACCUACAACCAGCUUCUCCCACAACAUACUCUAUGAUGAUCAGGAGGCUAAUCUCCAAAAGGCAACUACAUGUCGUCUCGAGAUCAAAAACCAACAUUAAACCAGCUUCUCCCACACCACUCCAACUCAAACACUAUCAUCUUCCUUUCCAUGAUCGUAUGAUGUCCGAUGUUUAUAAUCCCAUAAUAUUCUUCUAUCCAAAUCCACAACCAUUAGCAGAAAAUACAACAAUAUCAAAUCUGCUCAAGAAAUCUUUAUCGAAAACACUUUCCAAGUACUACCCCUUCGCGGGCAGGCUAAGCCCUUCAGGAUCCCAUGUCGAAUGCAACGAUGAAGGUGUUCAAUUUUUCGAAGCCCAAAUAUCAUGCAAAUUAUCAGAGAUGCUGCGAAAACCUCCAGUCAGGGAAGAAGAGGAAGGCUUCGGCCAUCUCUUUCCACGUGACUCGAUAUGGCGUCAUAUGAUAUAUUCCUUAAUGUUUGUUCAGCUAAGCCAGUUUUCUUGCGGGGGAAUAGCUAUAGCAGUUGGCCUUUCGCACCGUGUUGCGGAUGCCACCACUUUAUUCUCAUUUUUAUUGUACUGGGCAAAUUUGUCAUGCACCUCGAACUUUGAAAAUGGACUAAUUCAUCUUCAACCCUGUUUCGUGAACAAGCUGCUACCGGGAUCAUGUCAUAACAAUUUUGUUCCAAAUUUCUCUUUGUAUCCCCAAAAGCAUUGGAUCACGAAAGAGAUAGUGUUUCCAAAUUCAAAGAUAGCGGAACUCAAAGCCAAGCUUCAAAUGAACGACAAACUAGAAGGUGUAAUAAGAGACCGAAGCUACACAAGAACAGAGCUACUGACUGCACUUCUUUACAGAUGUGCUGGACUUGCGGCAGUUGCAUCAAAUUCGGGGGACUAUCCAAAAUCCGUCAUGUUGCAGACAGUGAACAUGCGACCUCUGCUGGAUCCGCCGCUGCCUAAAACAAGCGUCGGAAAUCUCUUCACUUAUAAUCACAUUCCAACAAGUACAACCAGCGAGUUACAAUUAAGUCCACUGGUGGGCCGAAUGAAAAAUGGAUUGAUGCAGCUUAGAGGAGUUGAGAGUCUGGAAGGAAAAGAAAUCAUGGUAUUGAUAGAGAAGUAUGCGAAAAGUGGUCAUAGAAAAUAUAUUAUGAGCAGCAUUUGUAAUAUGCCGUUAUAUGAGGGGAUGGAUUUUGGGUGGGGAAGGCCUGUGAGAGCCAACGUCGUGGACGCACCGUUUGUGAAUUGCAUGUAUUUGACGGAUAGUCCUGGUAAAGAUGGUAUUACGGCCACUGUCAGUUUGGAGGAGCAAGACAUGAAAAAUUUCCUACUAGACAAAGAGCUUCUUACUUAUGCUUGUCUGUAAGCUUUUUUUUUUUUUGCAUCUCAAUCGUCGGCUAAAAUGAUUAGCUAAAAUAAUAUGAAUAAUGAUUAUGUAAAAUUUGCUGAAAUCGUAUGAGAUUAUCGCAUUAUGCUUAGUUAUAAGGAAUAUCGUUAUUUAUAUUUUAAAAUAGAUACAUGUUAUAUA